AUCACAACGGUCGAAUCAGCGACAAGAAAUCGAAGUUCUUUGACACUUUCUUGUUGCAAUAGUAACUCGAUCCUCGUAUCCUCUGGAGAUCAACCUGAAAGUGUAAUAACAAGAUGACAGACCUGCUGGAUAUCGAUGUUGAUUCGACCCAAGCUGAGGUCGUGACUCUGCUUAUUCCGUCCAACGGUUCUACGUUGUCCAAGUACAAGCAUGUCAGGAGCCUACAAGCAAUCUGUUGCUGUCCGGCCGAAGCCGCUAUUUUUGGAGUCAGACUCCGUGACCUCAUAGAAAACGGAGAAUCUCAAGUGGAAGACGUGACUCUCUUCUUCCGUGCCGAUCAACCUGGGAUGAUGCGAUUGAUUCAAGGGCAGGUGACGGAAACUGCAGCAGCCAAACUGAAAUCUGGCAGUGUCACUUGCGAGGUCUCUGAUGGAAGCUUCCACCACUACGGACACAUUUUCCGCGACUAUCUCUCCACUCCAGACAGUGACAGCAAUCCACCUUCCAGAGAAAUUCAUCUCAUUGGCGACAUGCUUGAGCGCAUUCCUUCCCAAGAGCGCGAAAAAGCCACAAAGUCGUUGGCAAAUCUCAGAAACGUUGUCUCUCUGACGAUCCAGAAUAGACGUACAGUCCUGGGAUCUUUCCCCUCCUUGCUGAACGCUUUGACAAGUUCGCAGUCUGGUGCUGAUCCAACUCUCAAGUUCCUAACACUCACGUCCAUGAUGGGCAACUCUCUGCUGGAAGCUGGUGCUGCCGUGGCUUUCACGGAACUUUUGAAAGUAUCCAGCCCUUCAUUGAAGACACUCCGGCUGCAGUGCAUUCGAUUGAACACGGACAAUCUUGGGCCCCUCAGAGAGGGCUUGGCUUCCUGCUGCAAUCAACUGGAGCGUCUCGAAUUCAGGCGAUGCAAGUUUGACUCGAACUUUCUGCAGAUCCUGGGGCCAUUCUUGCGUUCUACUCAGAGCCUGUGUGGACUGCAAGUCGAAUUUACGGAGUUUGCCGACCAAAGGACCUUCUUAGGCCUUCUCGAGGCGCUCAAAGAAAACAAGACGAUACGGGUGCUGAAUCUGGCACGCCUACACCCCAACGAAGACGAAGAGGGCGAACCACUGUGGAACGGCGUCGUCACCGGAGAAACAAUCCGUGAUCUGGUCAUCGAACACCCACAUUUGCAAAGGCUAUGCUUGAGUCGCUGCAUAGGUAUUUCAACACCAAACCUAGAGAAGAUUGCACAUGGCUUGAGAGGCAGCGGGAUGAAACGGUUCGGAAUUCCCUUUUGUCAGAUCGAUGACGAUGGAAUCCGCGCGUUGGUCGAUAUCAUGUCGUCGCCAAGCGAGAGCCCUUCCCUGGAGUGGCUAUGGCUAGCAGGGAAUUAUGUUGGGGAGCAAGGGGCUGAAUCCAUAUCACGCUACAUCUCACAGCCAUCCUGUUUGUUGCAGCGAUUGGACCUGAGUUGCUGCCAUUUGUCCGAUUCGGGGCUGCUUGCCGUCCAGGAGGGUCUGGUCAAGAACAAGUCGAUCCUAGCAUUGGAUUUGUCAUUGAAUGGGAGCAUCACCUUGAGUGGGUGGAGAUCCCUAGCAGAGAAUUUGCCGAAACUGACAAAUCUGCGUUCGUUGAAGAUUCGGUGUCCCAGGCUAGAGAUUCACUUGUCGGACGAUGCAGAGGAGCGCAAACAGGAGAUUGCAGGUCUGAAUAACGCUUUUCUGAAAGGUCUCGACGGAAACAUAUCCCUGACCGCAUUGACAAUCCGCUUUUCUCGCGAACCGCUUGAUCCUGAAAUUGCUAGCAAGCUGGCGUUUUAUUGUCAACGCAACAAAAUGUUCGCCCACAUACCCUCAACACAAUCCCAGGAGGGUCUGGGUGUGCAACUAUGGCCCUUCCUUCUCCGCAAGGCGUACGUUCAGGGCCCCGAGUUGCAUCCCUUAUCACUAGCUUUCCAUCUGUUGCGGAAUCAUCAUGCAGAUGUGUUCUCUCAAUCUGUUGUCGAGAAACGACAUCACAAACGUCAAAAACUGGACGUUGGCAAGUGAGAUGCAGAUCGAUUAUUUGGAGGCCUCUACCGUUCAAGUCAAGUUCGAUGGUGAUUUUUCUCAGCACACUUCUUUUCAACUCGAUUCCGUGGCACUUUGAUUUUUGGAGGGUCCAACGGCAGGGUCCCAUUGUCAGUUUACCGGUACCGGUACUCCUCAUAGAUGAAGUACAGUACAUGACGUUGCAAAGGCAACAAGCGGCUGGUGUGCUGGGUGCGGGUGUUGGGUGUUGGGGGCUUUGGUCAUUUUAUUACCACAAUCAUUAGUUGGGGUUUUCAAGCAAGCUGAAAAUCACAUUCCUCUGCAAAUUUGGUUUCACUUCUCUCUAACACUGCUCCCAAACAAAUCUCCCGAACAAUUUCAGUAUUCUAUAGUAUUACUUGUGAAUUAUCAGUGGAAUUCUUUUAGGAUUUUGCAGACGAUUUUUUUCUCGAUUUUUGUGCCCACCACAUUGCAACCUAUUAAUACUAAUACACACCGCACCCUACUGGUAGGAAUUUUAAAAACCUUCAGAGCUCCUG